AUGGACCCACAACUCGACCACCACCACAAAAUCCAGUGGCUCCUCGACCGCCUCACCGUCCCGCCCGAGUUUGCGCGGUACGAUGCCAUAGAAGAGGCGGACACGAUUGCUCAGCUGGACGAAUGGAAAAUCCGCGCUUGCGAUGUUUUGCAUGAGUUGAAGAAGCAGCUGGAGGAAGACGGCGGUAUGAAGCUGUGCGUGGAGGAACAAGGCCAAGUCAUCGCGAAAGUCGUUGCAUUUGAGAACGAAGAGCCCUGGGCGCCAGAGCCGGCCACUAAGCUAUCCUCUGACAUCCUCGCGCACUUCCCCGACCCCUCAAUCCCGCUCCUCGAACACAUCCUCGCCACCCACGUCAAGCCCCUCUUCCAAUCCACCCCGCACCCCCUGCUCAACGCGUCCACCGGGCGCACCCUCCCGCGCCCCGCCGGCGGCCCCGGCGCGCGGCAGGACCACUACGAAGGCCAGGAGUGGAAACACCACCCCGGCGCCGCGGCCCUCGUCGCCUGGUGCGUCCGCCACAUCCCCAGAGACGCGUACGAGCGCGUAUGGCCGCUCGUCGUCCCCCCGCUGAUGACCCUCCUCGACGACUACGAGGCGCCGCACAAGCUCCGCGGGCUCCGCGUCCUCGCCGCCUUCCUCGCGCGCGUCCCCCCGGCGCUCCUGCGGCGCACCGGGCUCGACGCGCUCCUCUUCUCCAGCAUGAAAACCACGCUGACGCAUCUGCACAACCCCGCCACGCCCGCGCUCGUCCGCGCGGCGGUGCCCCUCGCGCUGAAUUUAACAGAGCUGACCACCACCCCCGGCUCCGCGGCGCGCUUCAACCAGCUUUGCUCGCUCCUGGGUGAGAGCAUCGUCGGCGGGAUUUGGCUGUACGCGCCCAACGACCGCGAAACGGUCGAGGCAAGCCUGGAGGUGCUCCCCGACGUCGUGCGGGCGCUGAGGCUGGGGAGCGUGAGGUAUCUCAAGGCGAUGGUCCCGCAACUCACGCACCCCCUGCUCGCGGAUUCGUUCGAGUUGGCACCGUUUAGCACGAAGCAUAGGGUGCUUGCGCUGCGCGCGUUGCAGACUGUCGUGCGGGUGUGUGCGCCGCGGAUGCACCGCUGGAAGGAGGCGAUAUUGGAGGGGGUCGCAAAGUGCUGGGUCGUGCUCUGGGAGUCUGAUAGCGUUCCUGAGGACGACGCAGUAGAGCUAAAGAAGAGCCUGCAGCAAACGGCAAAAGAGCUCGCAGCAGCCUGCCCAUCCGUGCUGACAGACGAGUACCCACAAUUCCUCGCCGCUGAUGCCCCGAUCUUCUCGGGCCUGUUCGGUUGACGACCCCGGGCGAUUCUCGAUUCUCAUUCAUUUAACUUAUCAAGGUUUGCGAACCGCGCUCGAGUUCUGGACGGAGAAGAGGGACAAGGCAAAUAAGCAUGGGAUUGCAGCUGCAUAAGCUCGGGAUCCAGGCCCCCGCGAAGGGAGUACACAAGUCUGGGUGCGCUUGACGUCAGGUGCAGGUCCACCCUGGUCGAGGCCGGCUAUAUUGGCUGCAUCUCGCGCGCGGGAGAUAGGUUAUCGGGUGAGAUGGGCGCGCGGGAUGCCUGGAGCUGGAAUGGGGGUUGCCCCGUUGCCUGCUCGUCCGCCCUGGUGGGAAGGGGCACUCGCGGGUAUGGG